AAUCUAACACUGACUGUACUCGUGUAUUUCCAUGUCCUAUAUUCCUCAUACCCUUUUCUUCUUAAAUACAGCCCUAACUAGCUAGCUUCGUUUGAAAGCAAUAAAAACCCGACAUUUCUGUGUUACGCGAACGUCGCACAAAUGACGUCAUACGUAAAACCCUAAGCGCCAAAUUCAAAAUGGCAAUAGCCAACCUGUGACCUGCAAACUAAAGCCUUUUCAAAAAAUUAGUUUGCCGUGUUUUACGAUGCGAAAUAAACUCAGAAAGGUCAAAACAGUCAGAGACUCAAACUUCCGGUGCAAAGACGUGACGGAAACUGCCGGGGUUAUAGUUUUAUCAGAGUCGAGCUGCUCUGAAGAGGAAAUCUCGCUCGAUGCAAAAGAUAAAAAUGGCUCAAAUUCAGCUGCAGGGCUUUCGGGAACAGCUCCAACCAGUGCCGGCGAUAAGAGAUGCUUUAUGCGCAAAAAGCCCUAAAAUUGCUCCGAUUUUCUUACGAGCGAUACAGCAAAGAAAGCGGAGCAGCGACGGGGAGCUGGACCAGCCUCUGGAUAGCACGCAGAAAUCCGUGCUCCCUCUUCAAGGUGAUAACGUGCAACCAGUAAAACGUCCACCUGCAGUUUCUCACGUGACAAUAAAGGACAGGUGUCGGGGACAGCUGUCACCCUCAGUUCUGCACAGCUGCCUGGAAGAAAUCCAAACUUCUAAUCCAGCAUUUCCAGUCCAAGCUGUGCUCAACACUUUGAGGAAGAAGGCAGGAGAAGGGCUGCAGGAGCAUGCACUCACAGAAAAGAGAAAACGGGUAGAUGAACUCUUGCAGAGGGUACCCAAGCGUCUGAGGUCUGCAGAGAGUGCAGGUGUGGGUCACUCGUCACAUCAGGAUGUCCUGGGAAGCAGUGUUCACCCUGCGGAGAAGCAGCCCAGGUGCAGCAAGCUGAGUCGCACUCGCAGACUAAAACAACACAGGGCGAGCCAACCAAGUCUCGAUGAGCCGAACUUAAUGAAAAGCUGUGAUCCUCUUCAAAGAAAUUUAUUUUUUGAGGAUACACUGUGGACAGAUAAGUACAGUCCCCAGUGUUCGAGUGAGGUCAUUGGUAAUCCUGCAUCUGUGAAUAAAUUGUACAGUUGGUUAAGGAAAUGGAAACUAAGAGCCGCCCGUGACAAGGGGAGACAAAUGGAGGAAAAGAAGCAACAGGAAAACAGUAAUGAGUCAUGGGAUUGUGGAGACUUCCAGGGUGAGGCUGGAUCAGAUGAUGGCAGAGAGGACCCACUGGGUAACACCCUGCUGAUUACAGGACCGUCAGGUGUGGGCAAGACUGCUUCGGUGUACGCCUGUGCUCAGGAGCUGGGCUUCAAGGUGUUUGAGGUGAACUGUUCCUCACAGCGCAAUGGGCGCAAUGUUCUGUCCCAGCUAAAGGAGGUUACCCAGUCACACCUAGUGGAGACGUCGGGGAAAGAUCAGCUGAAACCAGCUUACUUCAACACCUUCAACAUCAACACCUGCACUUCUAAAUCUGAGAUUUUACCAGGAAAAAGGGUGCUUCCUAAAAAUGUCACUUCCACCUCAAAAAGAAGAACAUCACAGAAUUUGAGAGGCUCUCAUCGCAGCGCAAAAGCAAAAUCAGCCACAGUUACUCUGACUCACUAUUUUAGGAUGAAGGCCAAAGCAGAUCACUUACAGUCUGGUUUCCUGCCACCAUCUGAAAGGCCAGAGAACAAGAAACUGGUCAACUCAUCGUCAGUCUCUGAUGUAGCAGAGAAAAAGACAGCCACGUCACUUAUUCUCUUUGAAGAGGUUGACGUUAUAUUUGACGAUGACGUCGGUUUCCUUGCAGCCAUUAAGGCUUUUAUGAGUACCACAAAAAGACCAGUCAUUUUGACUACGAACGAUCCCUUAUUCAAGGAUCGAUUCGACGGCAGCUUGGAUGAAAUAAUUUUCAAAACUCCAUCAGCAGCGAAUAUGUGCAGUUACCUGCAGCUGGUGUGUCUGGCUGAGGGAGUGCAGCUGGAUUUGGAUGACGUCAGCUGCCUCCUCAGACUCACCUGUGGUGAUGUCAGACGGUGCCUGCUGCAGCUGCAGAUCUGGGUGCAGAGUGGUGGAAGGUCUAAGAAACCCAACUGUGUGCAGUACUCAGGUGCUGCUGAAGGAGGAGAACAUUUAGACUCAUUUCCUCCGCACAAAACAGGCUGCUCUGCUAACAUGCUGGGUCUUUGUGGUGUAACUCCAGAACAUUUGCUGAACCUUCUACAGUCCUGGUCUAAAAAGCACAUGAACGAGCUCUUGAUGCUUCUCGCUGAGAGCUGGAGACGAGGCGUGCCUCUUCUCUAUUUGAACCUGGAGCUUCUCCUGUCUGUAGCAGCUCAGCAUACUACGGUUCGAUGCUUGGAAACAGUAGCUUAUUCCAGGCUACAGUGCGAGCAAUCUGAUGUUGGGCUUCACAUCCAGCAGCACAAUAGAAGCAUUUAUCAAAGGGCUUCACUGACCAACAGCAAAUCUAUAAGCCAUAUGUCAAGGCUUAGCAGAAGGAAGUAUAACAACACAUCAUCUGACAGUUUGGGCCUUGAAAAAACAUUCUCAUUCAGUGGGACUCCUUCAAAAGCUCUGUAUUCAGGCAGUACAGCUCAACAAAUUGCAGCUAAAGAGGAGAGUGAGUGUUUAGACACCCUGACUGACUUCUUUGACCUUAUGUCCUACCUCGAUGCCACCCUGCUGCCCGCAGGGACACGUGUUUCCAACUCCUGCGCACCCGAGUCAUUUGUGUGGACAGGAGCGGAGAUAAAGGCUGGUUUGUUGGAUGAGAUGAGGGAGGAAGAGGACAGCAGCUACAGUCAGGAGAGGCUGUUGGACAUUCAGGCUGCUGCUGAAGGUUUGGGGUGUCACAGGUGCUUGUGCAGAGCGUCUGAGGCGUGGAAUGAAGUGCAAAAACUCAGACAGGGGCUGGAGGACAAAAGGUGGGGGAGGCUGACGGAGAGACUUGCAUUGACUUCUUCUAAAAGACACAGUCUCAGCUUUAGUUUUCAGCCUCUGUGUGAGCCAAGUUUGUCCCAAAGAAGAUUCAGAUUGAACAGGACGGUUCUCAGCAGUAAACCCUUCGUUUUGCUGGGGAACAGACGGGCUGUGUGUGUCGACUACAUGCCGGUCCUCCGCUCCAUCUGCCGCUCACAUAAAGCAAAGCAACAGAAACAAGAGCCACUGAGGUGUAUGAACUACUUCAACAACAUUCACCUGGGCCUCUCAAAGUCAACUAUGCAGCUCCUGGCAGAAGGUUUCACGUGACUCCUAAAAGACUAUUGAACCUGAUAUAAUCCCUACCUCAGCUUACUCAUGUUUUACACAAAAUGCUAGGACGACAGCCGUCACUGCCCCUGUCAAGGUUAGUAGCAGAAGUAAACACAGGAGCAGCCCUUAUACUCAAACAGUACCCAGAAAACAGCAUUUGAGUGUUUUAAGUCACAAUAAAAAUAUUUAAUUCUUCAAACUUAUCAUUAACCUCCAAAAAGUUCAAAGAAAAAAAAAAA